AUGACCAAAAUCGAUGGCUGGGGAUCUUUGGAGGCCGAGGGAAAUGUAUUAAUAAUGAUGAAGCCUCAACACAACGCAACCUUCUCACGCAUGAACAAAAUCGAUGACUGGGGAUCUUUGGAGGCCGAGGGAAAAAUAUUCAUAAUGACGAAGCUUCAACACAACGAUACCUUCUCACGCAUGAACAAAAUCGAUGACUGGGGAUCUUUGGAGGCCGAGGGAAAAAUAUUCAUAAUGAUGAAGCCUCAACACGACGCUACCUUCUCACGCAUGAACAAAAUCGAUGGCUGGGGAUCUUUGGAGGCCGAGGGAAAAAUAUUCAUAAUGACGAAGCCUCAACACGACGCUACCUUCUCACGCAUGAACAAAAUCGAUGGCUGGGGAUCUUUGGAGGCCGAGGGAAAAAUAUUCAUAACGAUAAAGCCUCAACACGACGCUACCUUCUCACGCAUGAACAAAAUCGAUGGCUGGGGAUCUUUGGAGGCCGAGGGAAAAAUAUUCAUAAUGACGAAGCCUCAACACGACGCUACCUUCUCACGCAUGAACAAAAUCGAUGACUGGGGAUCUCUGGAGGCCGAGGUAAAAAUAUUCAUAAUGACGAAGCCUCAACACGACGCUACCUUCUCACGCGUGAACAAAAUCGAUGGCUGGGGAUCUUUGGAGGCCGAGGGAAAAAUAUUAAUAAUGACGAAGCCUCAACACAACGCUACCUUCCCACGCAUCGCGAACAAAAUCGAUGACUGGGGAUCUUUGGAGGCCGAGGGAAAAAUAUUUAUUAUGACGAAGCCUCAACACGACGCUACCUUCUCACGCGUGAACAAAAUCGAUGACUGGGGAUCUUUGGAGGCCGAGGGAAAAAUAUUCAUAAUGACGAAGCCUCAACACAACGCAACCUUCUCACGCGUGAACAAAAUCGAUGACUGGGGAUCUCUGGAGGCAGAGGGAAAAAUAUUCAUAAUGACGAAGCCUCAACACGACGCUACCUUCUCACGCAUGAACAAAAUCGAUGACUGGGGAUCUUUGGAGGCCGAGGGAAAAAUAUUCAUAAUGAUGAAGCCUCAACACGACGCUACCUUCUCACGCAUGAACAAAAUCGAUGACUGGGGAUCUUUGGAGGCCGAGGGAAAAAUAUUCAUAAUGACGAAGCCUCAACACGACGCUACCUUCUCACGCAUGAACAAAAUCGAUGGCUGGGGAUCUUUCGAGGCCGAGGGAAAAAUAUUCAUAAUGACGAAGCCUCAACACGACGCUACCUUCUCACGCAUGAACAAAAUCGAUGACUGGGGAUCUUUGGAGGCCGAGGGAAAAAUAUUCAUAAUGAUGAAGCCUCAACACGACGCUUACCUUCUCACGCAUCAACAAAAUCGAUGA